AUAUAUUCGAUGGCCGUUCGGUCACGUGAUUAUACGUAUUUUUACUCAAUUUUGACUUGAUUAUAUGAUUAUGGAUUUCAAGAAUAAAAUAAAGAAAGUUUUCAAUGAUAUAAAGGAAUCGAAUAAAACGAGCCCCGAAGAUGAUCUAACCGUUCUGAAUCUCUUGCAAAGCUCAGUUGAUAAACCGGUGACUUCAAGUCAAUUUACUGCUGAUCCACAUGCAGAUCGCCAAGCUAUAGAGAGCAUUGAAGGUGUUUAUUAUAAAGAUCCACAAGCCUUUUGUGCGGGAGAUUAUGAAUUGAAAAAAAUACUUAAAAAUUUUCCUGAUAUCGAUAACGUUCAACCAGUCAUUGGUUGUAUUGAUGAUAAUAUCAAUAGACUAAAAAAGCAAGCUAUGGCAGUUUCUAGAAAAGUAUCGGAAUUAGUAUUAGAAAAUCAUCCAGCCUACGCUGCCGAAUUGGAUAGAGUUAUUGAAUUACAAGGUGAUUUAUCAGUAGCUGCUACAGUAUGUACCGACAGCAGAAAGGAGCUUGCAGAAACAAAAAGCAAGUUUACAGGGGCUAGUUUAUUACUUUUAGCAAAUUAUAAUAGAAAGAAACAUUUAACUUCGGUUUUACAGUCAUUAUAUACAAUUAAAACUCUGCAAAGAACUGAUGUCCGGGUAAGGGAGUUAUUAGAGGCUGAAGACUAUCCUGGAGCAAUUCAAUUAUGUUUAGAGUGUCAGAAAGCGGCUUCAACGUUUAAACACUUUAAUUGUAUUAGCGAAUUGAACACAAAACUAGGCGAAACUCUAGUCACUAUGGAGGAGUGUUUGGAUAAAGCUCUGUGUAAAGUUUGCACUCAUUUCGAUCCAUUAAAUUAUAAUAAGAUACAAGCUGCAUUUGGACAACUAGGAAAAUCACAAGCUGCCCUGGAUCAAUUACAUAUGCACUUUACUUCCGUUAUACAUAAUACUGCUUUCGUAAAAGUUUUGGGAUAUGCUCAAUUGAGUUCUGAGUCGGAUGACACUUUAAGGAGGAAACAAUAUCACGAACUAUGUUCGCAAGUUUCUUCAGACCUGUUUACUUCAUGUCUAGUGGAUAUUUGCAAAGCUUUGUGGCAAAUAAUGUUUAAUUAUAAACGCGUUUGCAAAUGGCAUGAAGAAAAUGAAUUAACUUCAAACGGUGAAGUUAGCGAGGCUCACGCUCGUUAUGUCCGUCAUAAAUUAGUUCAUGGUAGGAUACGUAUAUGGGAUGAUAUUCAACAAAGAGUGAAAAUGUUUAUAUCUGUAAACGAUUUAAGUUACUUUUUGUAUGACCAAUUUAUAAAUGUUCUCGAUCUUAUUACAACUUUAACACAAGUUGGAGAAGAAUUUUGUGGAUCAAAAAGUGAGAGUUUAAAAGAAUGUUUGAAAACUCAGAGUGUUAACUACUUUCGACAUUACCAUCGCAUUCGAAUGGAUGAAUUGAGAAUGUUUCUAGAAAACGAAACAUGGCAAAUUUGUCCACUUAAAUCAGGCUUCAACAUAUUCCAAUUACACGAAUUUAAAUCUAUUAUUAACAAUAAACCGUCAGUUAUUCCAGAAAGUUUGCAUAAUAGUGCCAAACAAUCUCCAAUUGUUUCAGAGCCCUGCAGCCGAAGGGAUAGUUUAGAAAAUAUAAAAACGGAAUAUGAUUACUUUGAAAAGUAUACUCCUGAUAAUAGUCCAUUUGAUGUGCAAAAAGAAGACAAAGUUGAAGAAGAUGUACUAUUAGUGAAUGAGUCUCAAGACAACAAUAGCCGUUCAAAUCUUACUAAUACAUAUGAUAGCGAAUCCGAAUCAGACGUUGAGGAUGAACUUAAAAAGGACUUUGUUGAUGAGAAUACAGGUGAAACAAACCAUAAUUUUAGUGCAAUAGCAUUUAUAUCAACACGAGGAAGACACGAUAAGUGUGCCCCUAUUGUUACAAACACAACAUUAAGUGUUUGUAGAUUAUUUGGCAAAUACAUGCAAAUGAUGACUGUUUUAACAUCAAUAGCCUUUGAUGUUACUAUUUGCUUAUCCCAACUCUUCGAUUUUUACCUCUAUUCAGUAUACUCAUUCUUUUGCGUUGAAGAAAAUGAGACGUCUGAGGACAAUAAUUCUUUCCUAUCGCCUAAAUUAACUACUACUCUCCGACGUAUAAAAGAAAAUUUGAUUGUUAUGCCAGACGAAGAGGAGGGAACUGAAGCAUCUAAAAAUAAGAUUAUUAGUCCAAUGCUCUCCCUUUGCGUUGAUAAAAAUAACUCUGAAGAAUUAUUCGGUUUAACCGAAAGAUUAGUUGCCACCGAAUCACUAGUCUUUCUAGCUGAACAAACAGAAUUAUUGCAACCUCAUCUAGAAGCUCUUAUUCCAACAACUAAAAGAGCUUUUCUACAACAAUUUUAUUCUCAAACGGUGUGCAUAGCUAAAGAAUUAAGAAAUCCAGUUUAUCGUGUCGUAGCUGUUAAAUCGAUAGACUAUGAAUAUUUAUGUGGUUUGAUGACAAAUGUUCGAUACGAUUUAAAAGAAAUUCUUUCUCAGCAUAGUUCCUAUAUUGACGUUAUUUUGCAGGAACUAAAAAAUUUUGCAUUAAGAAUGACUGGUGUCAAUCAAAGAGUUCCCAUUCCAAAAGAUGUUACAACUAUCAUAUGGGAUCAAGUUGUAAGACUAAUUAAUAGGACAAUGUUAGAAGGAUUUUCCAGUGCUAAAAAAUGUACUAAUGAAGGAAGGGCUCUAAUGCAAUUAGAUUAUCAGCAAUUUUUGAUACAAUUAGAUAAAUUGACUGAUUUAAGACCGAUUCCCGAUAGGGAAUUAGUUGAAAGUUAUGUAAAGGCAUAUUAUAUACCUGAGAUACAACUCGAAGGAUGGAUUAAAGAACAUAAAGACUAUUCCAUUAAGCAAUUACCAAUUUUGACUAUGUCGCUGAUAUUUGCACGAAGAUUUGGAAGAUUAAUAACAAGUUUACCAAAAAAUCAUAUUAAAUACGUAUCAAGUUCAUCAAAUACAGUUAAAAAUAAAGAUGAUAAAAGUCUGUCAGUACAAGAUGAAAAUGAAUCAACAGCACCAAAAGAUAUUGGGGGAUACGAUUACUUUCGAUAUUUGGCCGAAAUGGCAAAUGUAAAUCCAAUAACAAUUUCAAAACAAUUAGACGAAGUUUUAAAAGAAAAACACUUUAAAGAUGACCAUAGAAGUUUGGAAAAUUUAAAACCAGUUUUACCUUCAAAGAGUUUAAGUCUUGCAGCUUACGCAAAUGACUCUAAAGUUAUACAAAAGUUUAUUAAAUUAGGAGUAAAUUUAAGAAAUAUUGAAGUGAAUCAUCCAAAAAUGGCUAAUUUAAUAUUAAAAUUAGAUUUCGAAUUGGAUAUUCAACCGUUAUUAUUGUAUCUAUGCAAUAAUGGGGUCGAUAAAAAAGAUCUGGGUAAAAUAAUAACAAAAAGCCCAGAAAUACUUGAAGUUGAUUAUGAAGAGUUACAAGCAAAACUCGACUAUUUUCUGUCUAAAAAAUUUACCAGAGAAGCAAUUGGUAGAAUAAUAACAAAGGCUCCGAGAGUAUUAUUAAGAAAUCUUAGAGAAGUUGAUAGGGGUUUAGGAUUUUUACAAAAGGAAUUUAUGUUAACGGGAAAUGAAGUUAGAGAAUGUGCAACAAAACAUCCGAAACUUAUUACAUUUAAUAGGAAAUAUAUACACUUGAGUAGGAUAAACCUUAAGGAAAUUUGCGGUUUUAACGAUAACGAGAUCAAAAGUAUUGUAUUGGCAACGCCUAAAAUUCUAUUAGAAAAUCGAUUUACUAUUGAAAAAACGUUUAACUAUGUUCAUAAUGUUAUUGGGAUAAGCCAUUCUUCAAUUUUACAUUGGCCGGAUAUAUUGAGGAAAAGAUUGACUCUUAUUAAAGAAAGACACGAAUAUCUUAAAGCUAUUGGCAGGGAUCAGUACGACGAAACAAAAGAAAAUUUCGUAUCAACUAAAGCAUUAUCUUCUGGUAGAGACAGUGAAUUUUGCGAAAAUGUUGCCAAAACAUCAGUCAAAGUCUAUAAUGAUUUUCUAAGAACUUUAUAA